UCUUCCAAACUGUGGCUGCGUUUCCAGGAACCAAGCUGCGUUCACCUUGGCUUCCGACUACGCUGGCAACAAGUUUUCUACCAGGAGCAGGGGUGCUCCCCAUCCUCGUCCCUCCCGCCCUUCCCCUUGCCUCCAGAAGCCAUCUUCCCGGCUCCAGCGGCACCCCAGAGGAAAGGCGGGGUACUGGCCCUUUAAAUGUGACCUGCGGCGGCCGGCCGACCGAAGACUGACGUGGAACCCAGAGAAGGCGGCGUCCGACACGUGGGAAAAGGUGUUCAUUUUGGAAGCGGGCAAGGAAUUUCUCCGCUUUGGGCUGUACCCCUUUAAUAUGACUUUAGGAAAGUAUCCGCCUUUGUUUGUGUCUCUCUGAUUACUUUCCCAACGCCGUCGUAGCGACUCAACUCUCGAGUAAAAGGAUGGAGUUUAAAGUGACUCCCCCGUCCCCGCUCUCCUGCCCGCAUUAAAAAUGGCCGCCGCCGCCUUCCACAAGGCAGGUUGCUCCGCGAGCAAGAUCCGGGAGGAAACCCUGGGAAGGCAAAUGCAGCGGGGGCAGAGGCGAGGUUGCUCUCUAGAGGCUCGCGGGAGUCUUGAGGGCGGCUCGAGUCAGAGUGGCCGGGUUUCGCUCAGGCGGCUGUGGGAAGACGCGGCCACUCCUCCCUGCGGAGGGCUCGGGGCUCCCGCCCGGCUUGCCCUUUAGCUGAGGCGGCGGCGGAGCGGGCCCCCUGGCCGGUCGUCAUGUGGGCCUUCCCGGAGCUGCCGCUGCCGCUGGUGGUGAACCUGAUCGGCUCGCUGCUGGGAUUUGUGGCCACAGUCACCCUAAUCCCCGCCUUCCGUGGCCACUUCAUGGCCGCGCGCCUCUGUGGCCAGGACCUCAACAAAAUCGGCCAGCAGCAAAUCCCAGAGUCCCAGGGCGUGAUCAGCGGCGCUGUUUUCCUCAUCAUCCUCUUCUGCUUCAUCCCUUUCCCGUUCCUGAACUGCUUUGUGGAGGAGCAGUGUAAAGCCUUCCCGCACCAUGAAUUUGUGGCCCUGAUAGGUGCGCUCCUUGCCAUCUGCUGCAUGAUCUUCCUGGGCUUCGCGGACGAUGUCCUUAACCUGCGCUGGCGCCACAAGCUGCUGCUCCCUACAGCUGCCUCACUACCUCUUCUCAUGGUCUAUUUCACCAACUUUGGCAACACGACCAUUGUGGUACCCAAGCCCUUCCGUCCGAUUCUUGGCCUGCAUCUGGACUUGGGGAUCCUGUACUACGUCUACAUGGGGCUGCUGGCCGUGUUCUGUACCAACGCCAUCAAUAUCCUAGCAGGAAUUAAUGGCCUAGAGGCUGGCCAGUCGCUAGUCAUUUCUGCCUCCAUCAUCGUCUUCAAUCUGGUGGAGCUGGAAGGUGAUUAUCGGGAUGAUCAUGUCUUUUCCCUCUACUUCAUGAUACCCUUUUUUUUCACCACCUUGGGAUUGCUCUACUAUAACUGGUACCCAUCACGGGUGUUUGUGGGAGAUACCUUCUGUUACUUUGCUGGCAUGACCUUUGCCGUGGUGGGCAUCCUGGGACACUUCAGCAAGACCAUGCUACUCUUCUUCAUGCCCCAGGUGUUCAACUUCCUCUACUCACUGCCUCAGCUCCUGCAUAUCAUACCCUGCCCUCGCCACCGUGUGCCCAGACUCAAUACCAAAACAGGCAAACUGGAGAUGAGCUAUUCCAAGUUCAAGACCAAGAGCCUCUCUUUCUUGGGCACCUUUAUUCUAAAGGCAGCAGAGAGCCUCCAGCUAGUGACAGUGCACCAGAAUGAGAAUGAGGACGGUGCCUUCACAGAGUGUAACAACAUGACCCUCAUCAACUUGGUGCUUAAGGUCUUUGGGCCCAUGCACGAGAGGAACUUGACCCUGCUGCUGCUGCUGCUCCAGAUCCUUGGCAGCGCUGUCACCUUCUCCAUCCGGUACCAGCUUGUCCGGCUCUUCUACGACGUCUGAGUCCCCCGACUGCACAGUCUGCAGGCUUCCUGACUCAGGCCGACCUCUUUCUGGACCAGUAAUGCCUCCUGGCCAGGCCUCUCCCACCUUUCUUUCUUCUCCAGAUUUUGUACUUAGCAUUUUCUUUCUGCUGUGAUGAUUGCCAUGUAAUGACUGUUGAUUGGGUCUUGGCUACGGCUUCCUUCAACUUGCCACGCUCCCUCUCCAUCCCAUCCUUGCAGCCUCCUAAGGUGGGAUACUGCAGCUUCCAUGCAGUUAUCCACAACUCUGACUCUGAAGGAAUACGUUGGGCCUGGGAAGAGAACCCCGGCUGGGGAGAGGGACACGAGCUUGAAGAUCACUUGAUAUUUGACUAUAAAUUAAGUAUUCUGAUUGGGAAGAGCAGACUGGUGAGGCCAGGUGCUCGCAGGGGUGACAAUAAAGUGUUGUCUUUUUCUUGUU